AUGGCCCCCAUGUAUGCAAAUGCCUUCAUGUAUGAGAAUGAGACACAACAUAUCCUUUCAUGUUAUAAUCACCAGAUUACCCGUUAUUUUAGAUUAAUUGAUGACAUCUUAAUCCUGUGGAAUGGCUCUAAAGAGGAGGCUCUACAAUUUGUACAUGCUUUGAACAAUUUAACUACACAGGUGAAAAUGACAGCGACUAUCGAUGAGCACAGUGUCCAAUUUUUGGACUUGGAAAUUAUGAUGGCAAAUCAGAAAUUAGAGUAUAAACGCUUUUCCAAGCCAACGGAUCGGAAUACAAUAUUACAUUUUCAGAGCUUCCAUCCCAAACAUCUGAAACAGUCACUACCAUACUCUCAAUUUUUACGGGUAUUUCGUAAUAAUUCUCUCAGUGAACAACGCGAUCAACAACUACUUCUCAUGUAUGGCAAAUUUCAAGCUAGGGGGUACCCUUGGACUGUCUUGGAUCAAGCCUUAGCGAAGGCUAAAACAACCUACUCAUCUCCCUCCUCCCAACCUCAGAGGACUGUUAAUAUUAGACCCAUCUUCCCGAUGCUCUUUAACACCGCCAGCUCAAAAUUGACUUCCUCAGUCCGGAAUAACUGGAAAACACUGGAACUGGACCUAUCCAUCCCAGAGAUUUUCCAACAAAAGCCCAUGUUCAGCUAUCGAUGCAACAAGAAUUUGAAAGACUUACUGGUCAACACUGACCCACACCAUUGUUAUAGCCCUGUCAAAAAAAAUAUAUACAAAUGUCGGAUGUGUAAGGUGUUUGGGGUGUGUGACGUGCGGUCACAUUAUCCCUUCCAAAACCUUUUCCCAUCCCUACACAGGCAAGCUAUAUAA